AGUCUCAGUCUCCUGCUCAGUCACAGUCAGGCGACAGCCGUCGGCUCGGCAUCGGCAGGAGUCAGCCGGUUCUCGGUGCAGUUGUUGCCAGUGUGCCGAGCGAAGCCGUCGCCGUGCUCGCCUAACACCAGGGCGCCACCGGCCUCCAAGGACGUGAACGAGUACAAGGGAACGGACGCCAACUAGUUUAAGGGCCACGAUGGUGCACGCGUGUGAAGUGUGCGGCAAGGCGUUCCUGAGGCCUGGCGCCCUCCGCAUUCACCUCCUAACACACACUGGGGAGAGGCCCUUCGAGUGUCCAGAGUGCGGCAAGACAUUUACGCAGAGCGGUAGCCUUCAGGUUCACCAGCGGACGCACACGGGAGAAAGGCCUUUCGAGUGUCUAGUGUGCGGCAAGAAAUUUUCGCAAAGCGGUGGCCUUCAGAUUCACCAGCGGAUCCACACAGGAGAGAAGGCGUUCGAGUGUCUAGCGUGCGGCAAGAGAUGCACGACGAGCAGUAACCUCAAGAAACACGAGCGGACCCACACGGGAGAGAAGCCACACGAGUGCACAGUGUGCGAAAGGAAAUUCGCAGAUAUUGCACAAUUGAAGAGCCACUUGCGCUGCCAUACAGGAGGAGGGGAGAAGCCCUUUGAGUGCAGUGUGUGCAAUAAGAAAUUUAGAACGGGUGUAUGUUUGCGUUCUCAUCUGCGGACCCACACAGGAGAGAAGCCCUUCGAGUGUAACGAGUGCGACAAGAAGUUUGUGACCAGCGACUCUCUGGCUAAACACCUCCGCACCCACACCGGAGAAAAGUCCCUCGAGUGCACCGAGUGCAGCAAGAGAUUCAGGCACGAGUCGGGUCUCCGUACUCAUCUCACGGUGCACACCGGAGAGAAGCCACACGCGUGUACCUUGUGCAAAAGGAAAUUCGCGCAAAGAGGGUCUCUGAAAAACCACCUUGUAACUCAUACGGGGGAAAGGCCCUUCGAAUGCACGGUCUGCGACAAAACGUUUGCGCGUUCCUGUGAUCUGCAGGUCCACCUUCGCGUGCACACCGGAGAACAGCACUACAAACACAAAUGCUCAGAAUGCGACAGGAAAUUUCAGACCACUAGUAAUCUUCGGAGGCACAUACGCACACACACGGGAGAGAAGCCCUUC